CGCGGAACAGACCCCCCCCUCCAGGAAGGGGCUCUGGAUGCCAGGUGUUGGCGACCGUGAGAUGCGACCCGCUGAGCUGGAUCCCAACUCUCCGUCAGGCCCGCAGAGUGACCUUGCAGCCCCAUCUGGUGCUCGGAGUGUCGCCCCAGGACCCGAAACGCCUCAGGUGGGUGCCAGCCAGACCCGAGAGUGGGGCGCAUCCCUCUGCGAGCAGCCGGGCCCGGGUUCCCAGCCACCGCAGCUCCUCGCCGGCCUCUCGGCGCCUUCCCCGCAGUCCCCUUGCGUGCGCCUUUGGGAGCUCUUUCCCGGACUCCUGACGCCGGCUCCGUCACUGCUCCUGGCGCGCCCACCCGCCUGGCUUCCGCGCGCUCCCGGCUGGCGCCUCCGGCGGGCCGCCCCGGCAGCUCCAGCAGCCGCACUGCCACCACUAGGUCUGGCUGGGCGCCCUUCGGACCCCGGUGCCGGUCCAGCCGCGCGCGGGAUAUGCGCACCCGCUUCCCGCCUCCCGCGGGUCAGGGAGCUCUGGUGCCCUUCCUGAGCCUUUGCGCAUCUGAAUUGUCACGGCCCUCAGCGGCUUGCGACAGAAGGCUCCUCACGGAAACCCCUCCAUUGACUAGCCCCCUUCUGCACACCCUGCUCUUCCCUAGGCGCCUUCUCACCGCAUUUAUUCGCUUAUAGUUAAGGCGCUGCGCUGAGAGGAAGAGACACUUAGACUGAGCUCUGAAGGCCGGAAGGAACUGGUUGGGAUGAAGGAAAGGUCAGUGGGAGGAGAAUGUUCCAGGCAGUGGAAAUAGUUUGUGCGAAGGCCGAGACUCCAAGGAGCGUAACAGUGGCAGGUGACAGUCAGCACUGUCCGUGUGCCAGCCAUGUUCUGUACCAUUUCCUUCACGCUCGCACGUUGUCAUAGGGUAGAUACCUAACCGCCCCUCCCCCACCUCAUUUAACAGACGAGGAGACUGAGGCACACGAGGGUUAAGGGACUUCCCUCAGGUCACACAACACUGGAGCUGGGCUGCAGCAGGUGGUCACAUGCAGGUGAGCU